GUGUGAGUAGGCUGCAAAAUGGCAACUGAAAAGAACACGCUGCUGUCCUUGAUUCUCACCGCCGGGAUCACGGCUCUCGUAGCGACUGGGCAAAAAGCAGAGCAACCAGAAGUGGUGACCAAAUACGGGACUGCCCGAGGAUACCAAUUCAAAGUAGAUGCGGCUGAGAGGAGUGUAAAUGUCUUUCUGGGACUUCCUUUUGCUAAGGCUCCUGUUGGACCACUGAGGUUUUCUGAACCCCAGCCACCUGAGCCAUGGAAAGGUGUCAGAGAUGCCACUUCCUACCCACCAAUGUGUCUACAGGACAAAGUAUUAGGACAGUUUGAAUCAGAUUAUGUUACCAAUAGAAAAGAAAAAAUUAUUCUCCAGAUGUCUGAAGAUUGCUUAUACCUGAAUAUUUACACACCUGUUUCUACAGAAAAACAGGAGAAGCUGCCUGUCUUUGUGUGGAUCCAUGGAGGUGGAUUAGCUUUUGGAUCAGCAUCACCCUACGAUGGUUCAGCAUUAGCAGCCUUUGACAACGUGGUUGUUGUGACAAUUCAAUACAGAUUGGGUAUUGCUGGAUACUUUAGCACUGGUGAUAAGUAUGCUCGUGGUAACUGGGGGUAUUUGGACCAAGUGGCAGCUCUUCAGUGGAUUCAGGAAAAUAUCAUACACUUUGGAGGAGACCCAGGAUCUGUCACCAUCUGUGGAGAAUCUGCAGGGGGAAUCAGUGUAUCUGCUCUGGUCUUAUCUCCACUGGCAAAAGGCUUGUUCCAUAAGGCCAUUUCAGAGAGUGGUACUGCAAUCAGGACUUUAUUCACUGAUAAGCCUGAGGAAGAAGCACAGAGAAUUGCUGCUGCAUCUGGCUGUGAAAAGUCCAGUUCCGCUGCUCUGGUUGAGUGCUUGAGAGAAAAAACAGAGGAAGAGAUGGAACAGAUAACUCUAAAAAUGGAUAUGACAACUCUGAAACUAUGCUAUACGUCGCCUGAGAAAUGUGAACAGCCUUCCAUGUUCAUCAGUUCAACUGUGGAUGGUGUAUUUUUUCCAAAGAGCCCCAGGGAAUUGCUGUCUGAAAAAGCAAUCAAUGCAGUCCCAUAUAUAAUAGGAGUGAAUAACUGUGAAUUUGGAUGGGUAAUUCCUGAAAUGAUGAAAGUUCCUGAUUUUACAGAAGGUCUGGACAAAGAAGUUGCACGUCAAGUAUUACAGAGCUCAUUUGUAUUAUCAUUUAAGAGUGUUCCAUCUGACAUUGUAGAUCUCGUAUUCAAUGAAUACAUAGGCAAAGCAGAGAGCCGUGCUCAGGUGCGAGAUGGCCUUCUUGAUGCAAUAGGGGAUCACAUGUUUGUUUUCCCAGCCAUUGAAGUGGCUAGAUACCAUAGAGAUGCUGGCCACCCAGUCUACUUUUAUGAAUUUCAACAUCGGCCAAGCUCAGCCACGGGUGUCGUACCAGAGUUUGUAAAAGCAGAUCAUGGAGAUGAGAUUGCCUUUGUCUUUGGAAAGCCGUUCUUAGCUGGGAAUGCUACAGAAGAAGAAAAUAAACUUAGCAGAGCUGUUAUGAAAUACUGGACUAACUUUGCUAGAAACGGAAAUCCCAAUGGGGAAGGCUUGGUCCAUUGGCCUCAGUAUGAUCUGGAUGAAAGAUACCUGGAAAUAGACCUCAUCCAAAAGGCAGCAAAGAAACUGAAAGAAGACAAAAUGGAGUUUUGGGUACAGCUCACAGAACAAAUGAGGAGUGAAAGAAGGAGAGAACACACAGAUUUGUGAGAGCUGAAGAGGAUACAGUUUCCUUGUAAAACCUGAAGGCAACAUUAAUUUGUCAGAAUGCAGAUUUUAAUCUUGACUUUCUAACUCACUAAUGUGUCGUUUGUUGUCAUGAUCCCAGUGAAGGGAGAGAAUCAAAGGAAGUUCAAAAUGUUGAUGGGUACAGAAAUGGAUAAUGAAGUGAGAAGCUAAAAAUAAGCAGUCCUUCAAGCUCAAAUAGACCAUUAUAUCUUCUCAUUGGAUACCAAAAUUGAAUGGUGUUCUUUUGAAAAGGGAGAAAGAGGGGAAUAUUAGUAAAUACAUUGAAAUCGAUCAGAAGUUAUACAGAAUAUAUCAUAGGUUUCAGAAUAUGUUGUAUAUUCAUUCCACUCCUUUUAUCAAGAAGAUUGAGUCUGAUAUUCCUGCAGCCUCUUUCCACUUACUUUUAGUGGAAAUAGCUUGUGAGGAGGAGAGCAUCCAUCAAAAAACCUCUGUGAGAUCACAAGCAUUUUCCUCUUCUGUAAAUUGUUACAAAUACAUUGUACUUCUGA